GCCUUAAAUUCGAGUUUCUUUGAAAUACCCAUAGAAUCAGGGAAUAUUAAAUUAAACCUUUCUACGAUCUGAUAUCUUUUCGUAGGGACAUGGAAUAGAAAAUUAAGCGCCUUCAGCUUGAAGGUCGUACACCCUCGAAGAAAGGGGACAAAAAAUUGUCUCGAAACGGCGUUAUGUGUUUUCAGGGGCUGGCUAUUUGGUUUCGACUCCAGCGUUUAAUUAAAAUACAAUGACUAUACGAUUCGAUAAUGUUUUUGACGGGGGAAAUUGCUUUCAUCAGUCUACUUGUAUUUUGCGCGGGGUUUAGUCGGAUUGGAAGACUCUGGGUAGUGACUUAAACAAUUAAUCGAAAGCCAUUGUUAGUAACUUUUUACCUUCGAAAAAUUCAAUACGUUACACCUUUUAACAUUUUUGUGUGUGUGUGUGUGUGUGUUUUCUUCCUUUCGUUUAUUUUUAUUUCUUGUUCCUUUCGUUUCACUGCGUUGCCAAUGAUUCACAAAACUCGAUAGCAGGCAUAGGAAAACUGGAUGAUUUAAAAGCUAACAAACGUUUAGGAAGUAUCUGCUCAGAAAGAGGAAUUAGGUUUGAUUUUUUUAUCAAGGUUAGUUGAACCAACUUUAUCAUUUCGGGAUUUCACUUCGAUCUUAUGAAGUUUUUGUGAGAGACGUUAGUUGGAAUCCCAUCUAUUAUUUAGUGAUAGCAAUAUGGCGACGUUGAUACGACGAAUCUAUCAAGGGUACCGCUACAUUAACGAGGAACUAACAGAUCCUCGCACGCAAGACUAUUUCCUCAUCGGAUCACCAUGGGGAUGCUUUAGUAUAGUAGCGUUUUAUCUAUACUUCGUGCACGUCCUGGGACCCAACAUUAUGGCAAAGAGAAAACCGUUUAAUCUGAAUAGAAUCCUACAGAUAUAUAACCUAAUACAGAUAGUAUCGUGCGCAUAUAUAUUUUAUAAGGCAUUGGAACUAGCUUGGUUGUUCCAUUAUAACUUCUACUGUGAACCAGUAGAUUAUUCGGAUGAUCCUCGCGCGGUCGAGAUAACUAAGAUCGUUUGGGCGUACUUUCUAAUGAAGCUCCUCGACUUACUGGACACGGCCUUCUUUAUUCUUCGAAAAAAGCAACAGCAAGUGUCGUUUCUUCAUGUUUAUCAUCACACGGGCAUGGCUCUUGGUAGCUGGGCAGCUACCAAGUUUUUGCCCGGCGGUCACAUUACCUUUUUAGGUACUUUAAAUUCUUUCGUUCAUAUGGUGAUGUACACUCACUAUCUGGCUACAUCGUUGCGAAUAAGCAAACCCUGGUGGAAGAAAUAUGUGACACAACUGCAGCUCACUCAAUUCUGUUUGAUAACGAUCCACUUUGUAAUGUUAGCCUGGGUGGAAGAUUGUGGUUUCCCGAAGUGGACGGCGGCGGUGAUGAUUCCUCAGAAUCUCUUCAUGUUGAUGAUGUUCGGCGACUUUUACUACAAGUCAUACAUCAAAAUGCGGAAGAUCCGCGAAAACGGCAUCUCGUCGGACGUUUCGAACGGAAAGUUAAAGAGUCAAUAGCUACGUCCUGUGCGCCCGGAACGGUUUAACGUUACUUCGUGUUUCCGACGCGCGAGACGACCCAUCAAGUACUGGCGCGAGGAAUACUUCUUUCUUUAUGAGACAAUAGCAAUUUAGCGCUUCAUACUUUAGACUUUAGACACUUAUUAACACCUAAUAUCUCAUGCGUGUCGACGAAAUCCGAACAACGAAAGGACAGACAUAAAUGACAAUUUAAAAGUUCAAUUUGAAUUGAUCUGUCAAAGGUAAGGUUUACCUUAUUAUAAGAAGAUUUGAUGAAAGUCAUUCGAGUUCUAAAGCAUGUUUUCAUAUGCACGCAAAUGCAGAAUCUUUUCGUUGUAUGGUUCACGGAACGCUUAUUCUCGGUCUCAUCUUUGUAUUUAAGUCACUCAUCAUCUUCUUUACUUACUUCGUUAAUUAUUCGCAAAAGAGAGCAUUUAGCUCCAAUGACCUUGACCUUGAGAUCUGUUGUGGAGGAGACGCUACCUGAGUAACAUGCACUUUGUCCGAGGCGUAGAACGCUUAUGGUUCGAGCAAAGUUUGAUUAAGUUAGACUUUUUUUGGAGGGCUUUGACCGGCAGCUACCCAUAAAAUCUAAUCUAACCAUACCUUACUAGGAUUAAUUACUAGAAUACUUCAUUAGGAUAGCAAAUACUAUGCAAAUGAAUAUGAAAUUUAAUUUGUAACUGGUUAUAUUGGAGUAUAUAUAAUCUAACAAGUACCAUUUUCUUUUUGUCAUAGUUUUCGACUCACUAUCGUCCUUAAACUCGGGCAAAGUGCACGUUACUUACAGCCAUCCACUCUACAACAUAUCCGAAAUUGAAAUUCAAGAAAAACGAAAAAAAAAAGAUGAAAAAAUUAAAUUCGACAAGAUUGGAGUUGAGGUCCCUUUUGUGCAUAAUUGCCCUUACUUCUACCAAUCCAUGACGAUUGCAGCGCAAGUUUUAGCAAAUAUAUGCGUAAUUCAUAUUACUAUCAUCUUUCCUGUUGGACAGUACAACAGAGAUAAGUCAUCGAUGAUAUGACGUUUACGCUGGAAGCAAAUUAUUUGUCACACAGAAACAAUAAAAUAAUAAGUCUGUUCCAUGACGAUCGCGUAACGCGCGUGUUAUAAAUAAUCAAUUACUUUACUUCUAUUUUACUUCGAAUCGAUCAAUAUUGCCUUGUAAAUAAAUAAUCGAAGCUUGUACAAAAAAAAAAGGAGGAAGAGAAGAUAACGCAACGUAAAAGUGUUCAACAGUUUUCGAGGAUGCACAAACACACUCAAGGACAUUUGAGGUUGCACAAGGUCGCACAAGGUCUCCUGCGCAAUGGUCUGAUUUUGAACAUAAUACGUACAUGUAUACAUAAUAUAAACACAAUAAGUGUUUGAAGUGAAAAUAAUACAUUACGUCAAAUGAUUUUGCAAAUUUAUUUCAGUAACCAUCUGUAUCAUUUGAUUAGAGUUCUACAUUAUUCGACUUCCAUGUCACUCGAGUACUACAUUUGUUUCUAAAUCACAAUACCAUCUAUCUUAAAUAAUUAUAAUUGACUAAAGUUCGGGGUAUUUGGAACAACUCGAUUCGAUCGUCCUUAAUUGCUGCCUUUCGCGAGCAUAACGUAACAUUUGAGAAUCACGUGCCAUAGAGUAAAUCGCGUUAUGUCUACUCAUAAAUAACUUCAUUCGAAUCACGAAUCGAUAAUCAAUCAUGCAACAUUCUGUUCUUUUAAAAGUAACGAUCGAAAUUUCCCCCUGGCCAUUUUCUAACAGGACGUGAUCACGCGUUUUUCUCUAAUCUAUGUAACAUCUUAACCUAUUUAACGAAAUAUAGAAACCAACAAAAAAAUGAGUGCGAAGCUGAGUUAGGAUCCAGUCGAAAAAGUCAACCUACUUUUGUGACACGUGAAUGGAUGGUCCAGGCGAAAGGUAAAACAAGUCGAGAAAACGGUCAGAAAAAAAGGACUCGAGAAGCUGGUUGGCAAGCGGGUGCCGUUAUAUCCUUCGGUCCAAAUGACCAGUAAUUUCAUUUUCGCUCCUUCAAUCUCGAUGCAUUAUGUUUCUUUGGUUGCAUAAUGAUUAAUGAUGAAUAACAAUUUUCCAUUCUUCAAUCGUCUCCAUUUUAUACAGUUAUCUUCGUUAUUACUCUUGUAUGUACCUAUAGAAAGAUUGUAAAAAUUCCUAGAGUCUACGAACUUCUCUUCUUCAGGCAGCAGCAGCAGGCAGGUCUGAUUUACAAUAUUGUGGAUAACUGUUACAUUAGAAAGUGAUGUGACUUCAUUAUAUGUAUCGUUAAAACUUGAAUUCUAAUUCUAAUUAUUAUUUUAUUUAGUAUUCUAUUGGGUUAUUCUAUAAGCAGGUAAUAUAUAUAAUAUAUAACAUAAUUAUAUAAUUGGUAAAUAAAAAUGCAUGCACUUUCUACUAAAUAUCUGCAGGAAUAUUAAGACUUAUAGCCGGUACUAUGAGUGUUUUUCAAUGAUCAACGAAACACCGUACGUUUCUGGGACGCGAGGAGCGCGUUAAAGGGAAAAUAGGACAAUGACACGGUAAAAGUGACAAAUAUGAAAUACAUACGUUCUGAACGCUUUAAAGCGUACUCUGAUGUUUUAAUACGUGAUUUAAUUACUAAUUAUUAAUUUUAAUGUCAUUUUUAAUUAUCAUACGUUAUGAUAUAUCUAUAUUGUAAUGUAUAUUAAAAUGUGCUAUAAUAUAUUAGAUACAAUUCAAUUGUAUUUAAUAUUAUUAAUUUAAUUAUUAAUUUUAUCUUGUAACGUUUAUUUAGUAUAACUGUGUUAUAAAAUCGAUCUAUAUAUCGUAUCAAUGAUUUCAACGAAAACUUCAGUGCAUGCAAAUCGAAUUGCCAUUGAACUCAAUUUUUUCGCGCGUGUCUCAAUCAAGUUAUUGAUAUUGUUGCGAAGAAUUCCGGUCAGGAACAUACUUUUGCAAAACCUCUGUUCGUUUAACCCCGUUUCGCGAACUUCUUCUAUAUUUCGAAUUGUCCCGUCGGUUUACUUCGUUGUACCUGUGCUAAAAAUGUCCUUCCGAGACGCUUAUAAUGGUUUUGUUUGUGAAGUAACUGCAAGUGUAUUCGCGGCAUUGGUCGGAUCGUCAUUGCUCCCAUCCAAAGAAACGUUUUGGAUCACAAUUUACGAGACAUCAACGCGUACCUGAGGUUAACUAUUAAAGGAUCCAUUUACGACCACGUGAUUUCUAAUAGUAAAACCUACUGAAGGCGUGUACACCGUUACCGUUUGUUCUACUUGCAAUUUUACUACCUCCACGAAGAAGGGGAAUUCUAAAAAUGGAUUUCAAACAUAUUUCGCAGAGAAUUAAGAAAAAGUUAUGCUAAUCGUUUCUUUCAUAGGCAAAUAUUGAUUAACAAAGUGACUAUGGUGGUUAAAGUACGAAAAAGUGGCGAUAAUAACUAGCUUAACGAAAGAUACACAGCUCGAUCGUUUGUAAUCAAAUUACUAAACUUCACUGUUUGAUCGACGAUACGAAACGUCGGGUUUCGAUGCAAAUAUUUAACUGUCGCUUGCCCCUCCGCUGUGCGUCACCUAAUUGCAUCAAGUCUAUAAAGAGUUUAACAGGGCAAAUAUGUUCUCACACUCCAAGUUAUUUUCUUCGUGACGUCUCUUUAUUCCGGUCAAACAAGUCGUUCAUCAAUUUUGCAAAUAGUCGUGCCGCAAACGAAUGUGUAAUUCUUAUUAUUUUUUACUCGUAUAUAAUAUUACGAGCCUGUCUCGUUGUUUGUACUAUUUACGAAUUCUGCACGUGUACGAUGGUUUGUUACUAUCAUACAGGGUAUCCCGCGAUACUUCACAUCCUAUAAGCAAAUUUAUGAGAAAAAUGUUAUGUAGGCCCAGGCUUUGAAACAUUUUAUUAAAAAGCUAUAACGGAAUAUGAAAUAAUAACGAAUUGGUGUUUCGUCUACACACCAUAGGAAUACAUUGUUGACAUCUAUUCGAUAUAUGUUUACAGAGACUGUAAUGAUAUGUUUACUUGCUGACGUCGUUGAUUUAGUCAAUCAGUCUGACAAUGACUAAAUGAUCAUUACUCUCAACAUUAGAUAGGUCGAGGAUGAUCAAUUCUUUGUAGCCCAAAAUCACCAGAUAUCACGCCAAUAGAUAUUUGCUUGUGCGAAACUGCGAAAGAAAAAGUUUAUCAAGCACAAAUUAAUUAGUAGAAAGGAUUCGUGAUUAAUUUGCCGUAAUUAGGGAAAAUUAAUAAGAAAUUAGUAAUGAAAUAAAUUCUAUUUCUCGCAGAUGCCAGUUUUCCAUUCAUUAUAGCGUGCAACAUUUUGAAAUGAAAUUAUAACGAAAAUCUAUCUAACGAUAAUCUAUCCUUAUGUGAUAUCGAACGAGAAGGCAGUUCGUUGUCAUUUCUUAUUUUUGUUAUAGUAUUUUAAUAAAGCAUUUAAGAAUCUAAGUUUAUAUGUAUAA